AUGUUGGGCCAUCAAUUCACCCACUCCGCGGCCCCUCUCCGCAAAGUCAAGGAGGUCCAGUUUGGUAUCCUUUCACCCGAGGAAAUCAAAGCGUACUCUGUCGCAAAGGUCGAGCACCCGGAGGUCAUGGACGAAGCUACUCACAAGCCAAAGAUGGGCGGACUGAUGGACCCCCGCAUGGGCACGAUUGACCGUAAUUUCAAGUGUCAGACGUGUGGGGAAGGGAUGUCUGAGUGCCCAGGGCAUUUUGGGCAUAUAGAGUUGGCACGACCUGUUUUCCACCCUGGCUUCAUCAUAAAAGUGAAGAAAAUUCUGGAAAGUAUAUGUGUAAAUUGUGGGAAACUGAAAGCUGAUAUCUCCGACCCCCACUUCGCCGACAAGAUUCGGCAUGUUCGAGAUCCAAAGACGCGUAUGGCCGUCGUAUGGGGUCACUGCAAAGGCAAAAUGAUCUGCGAGGCCGACGAGCCUAAGGAAGAUGGCGAAGACGGAGCGGCUCAAGGACCAGCAAAGCCCGGGCACGGUGGUUGCGGACAUCCUCAGCCACAAAUACGGAAGGAGGGCUUGAAGUUGUUCUUGCAAUACAAGAAGUCGAAGGACGAUGAUGAGGACAUGAAAUCUCUCCAACCAGACAAGCGACUAUUCACCGCUUCCGAGGUGUACACGACACUGAAGAAGAUCUCGGAGUCCGAUCUGCACCUUCUUGGUCUCUCGGACGAGUACGCUCGGCCAGAAUGGAUGAUUCUUACUGUGAUGCCCGUUCCUCCUCCGCCUGUACGCCCCAGCAUCGCCGUGGACGGUGGUGCCAUGCGCUCCGAGGACGAUCUGACCUACAAGCUUGGCGACAUCAUCAAGGCAUCCGCGAACGUCCGCCGUUGUGAACAGGAAGGAGCUCCAGCACACGUCAUCACGGAGUUCGAGCAGUUGCUUCAGUUUCAUGUUGCGACAUACAUGGACAACGAUAUCGCAGGGAUACCUCAAGCACUGCAGAAGUCCGGUCGACCAGUCAAGGCCAUUCGUGCGCGUCUGAAGGGAAAGGAGGGUCGUCUGCGUGGAAAUUUGAUGGGCAAGCGUGUUGACUUUUCGGCACGUACCGUCAUUACCGGUGAUCCGAAUCUGGAGCUCGAUGAAGUCGGCGUACCGAAAAGUAUCGCGAUGACGCUUACAUAUCCUGAACGAGUGACUCCGUACAAUAUUGAGUACCUCCAAGAACUCGUGCGGAAUGGACCCACUACGUAUCCAGGAGCUCGCUAUGUCGUCCGAGACACGAACGAACGUAUAGACUUGCGAUACAACAAGCGUGCAGAUACCUUCCUCCAGUUCGGCUGGAUUGUCGAGCGCCAUCUGAAAGACGGAGACUUUGUUCUCUUCAAUCGACAGCCGUCACUGCACAAGAUGAGUAUGAUGAGUCAUCGAGUCCGACUCAUGCCGUAUUCCACUUUCCGUCUGAAUCUUUCCGUAACUCCUCCCUACAACGCCGACUUCGAUGGUGAUGAGAUGAACAUGCAUGUGCCCCAGAGUGAAGAGACUCGCGCCGAGCUGAGUCAGAUAGCUUGGGUUCCACGACAGAUCAUCUCGCCUCAAGCGAACAAACCCGUCAUGGGGAUCGUCCAGGACACCCUUUGCGGUAUUCGCAAGUUCACUCUCCGCGACACAUUCCUCGAUUGGAACCAGGUUCAGAACAUCCUUCUUUGGGUACCAGACUGGGAUGGCUCUGUGCCAAUACCAGCGAUCAUCAAGCCUAAGCCAAUGUGGUCUGGGAAGCAGAUCCUCAGCAUGGCUAUUCCCCGCGGUAUCAACAUUCAUCGUUCCCCAGACCCGAAAUCAGCUAACCCGGUCUUCGACGAUGGCAUGCUCAUCGAAAACGGCGAGAUCAUAUUCGGUAUCGUUGACAAGAAGACGGUCGGUGCUUCGCAAGGCGGUCUCGUCCACGUCGUUUUCCGUGAGAAGGGUCCUGAGGCUACGCGGACACUCUUCACCGGGCUACAGACCGUCGUCAACUACUGGCUCUUCCACAACGGCUUCAGUAUUGGUAUCGGGGACACCAUCGCCGACAGGAAGACCAUGGCGUACAUCACCCAGCAGAUCACGGAGCGGAAACAGAACGUGCAGCAGAUCAUCGAGGACGCCACUCACGACCGUUUGAAGUCCAUGCCGGGUAUGACUAUCCGAGAGUCGUUCGAGAGCAAGGUCGAGCGAGAGCUGAAUCUGGCCCGUGACGACUCCGGUAAAUAUGCACAGAAGAACUUGAAGGAGGACAACAACGUCAAGCAGAUGGUGGUCGCCGGUUCAAAGGGUUCAUUCAUCAACAUCUCCCAGAUGUCUGUCUGUGUCGGGCAGCAGUCCGUCGAGGGCCGUCGUAUACCGUUCGGUUUCCGCCAUCGCACACUUCCCCACUUCACGAAGGAUGAUUUCAGCCCGGAAGCUCGUGGUUUCGUCGAGAACUCGUACCUCCGCGGCUUGACGCCACAAGAAUUCUUCUUCCACGCCAUGGCCGGUCGUGAAGGUCUCAUCGACACCGCCGUGAAGACCGCCGAGACCGGUUAUAUUCAGCGCCGACUGGUGAAGGCUCUCGAAGACGUCAUGGUCAACUACGAUGGAACCGUACGAAACUCUCUGGGCGAUCUCAUUCAAUUCGUCUACGGCGAGGAUGGUAUGGACGGUGCAUUCAUCGAGCGCCAAAAUAUCGACACGUUUGCGCUCAACCAUCAGGAUUUCGAGCACAAUUACCGAGUCGAUGUUACAGACCCGGCUGGCGGCUUCCUUCCCGGUGUUCUCCAAGUUGGUAUUGACGACAGCUCACCGGAAUUGCAGGCGAAGCUAGACGAAGAAUAUGAUCAAUUGGUGGAGGAUCGUCGGACACUGCGAGAAUUCGUCUUUGCCAACGCCGACGCUAACACUCCCCAUUACCUUCCUGUCAACCUUCACCGUAUCGUCCAGAACGCUACCCAAAUUUUCCAUAUCGACAAACGGAAACCGAGCGAUCUGGACCCUGUCUACAUCGUCGACGCCGUACGAGACCUCGCCAACCGCCUAGUCAUUGUGCGCGGAGAUGAUAGUUUGAGCAGGGAGGCCCAGGACAACGCAACCCUCAACUUCCGCAUGCACCUUCGUGCGACCUUCGCCUGCCGCCGAGUCUUGGAGCGACACCAUCUUACCCGAGAAGCGUUCGACUGGGUUCUCGGCGAGGUGGAGACGAAGUUCAACAUGUCCGUUGUAAACCCUGGAGAGAUGUGUGGGACGCUCGCUGCUCAGUCCAUCGGAGAACCGGCCACGCAGAUGACGCUCAACACCUUCCAUUACGCAGGUGUAUCCAGCAAGAACGUCACGCUCGGUGUUCCACGUUUGAAGGAAAUUAUCAACGUUGCGACGAACAUCAAGACUCCCUCGCUCACCGUUUACUUGCAACCCGAAUUUGCUGCACAGUCGUCGCAGGCGAAGACCAUCCAACAGGAGUUGGCCUACACCUCCUUACGCACCGUCACAGCCUCCGUCGAGAUCUGGUAUGACCCCGACCCCACGUCGACCGUGAUCGAGGAGGAUAAGGUCUUCGUCGAGUCGUUCUUUGCCAUUCCGGAUGAGGAGGUCGAGUCCAAGAUCCAUCUGCAGUCUCCUUGGCUGCUUCGUCUUGAGCUCGACCGUGCGAAGAUGAUCGAUCGCAAGCUCGACAUGCAAUUCGUCGCGAACCGGAUCGCGGAGAGCUUCAAGACGGAUCUUUUUGUCAUCUGGAGCGAAGACAACUCAGAGAAGCUGGUAAUCCGGUGUCGUGUGUUGGGUGGUGCGGACAAGGAGGAUGAGGAGACAGACUCUAUCGAAGAGGACAUCUUCCUUCGUCAGCUUGAAAACACCAUGCUCAACUCUGUGUCCCUUCGCGGUGUCAAGGGCAUCGAGCGUGUGUUCAUGUUGGAACACGACAAGGUUGUCACGGACGAGAAGGGCAAUAUCACUGGCCAGGGAGUAAAGGAGUGGGUCCUCGAGACGGAUGGCGUCAACUUGAAGGCCGUGAUGUGCAUGGACGGUGUCGACUUUACGCGGACAUAUUCCAACAGCUGUGUCGAGAUUUUCAACGUCCUCGGAAUCGAAGCCGCUCGUGCCGCCAUCAUGAAGGAGCUUCGUGGAGUCAUCGAGUUCGAUGGUUCGUAUGUCAACUAUCGCCAUCUUGCUCUCCUUUGCGACUUGAUGACCCAGCGAGGUCACCUCAUGGCCAUCACUCGUCACGGUAUCAACCGAGCCGACACCGGAGCUUUGAUGAGGUCGUCGUUCGAGGAGACUGUCGAGAUCCUGAUGGAGGCCGCUGCAGUGGGAGAGAGGGACGAUUGCCACGGUAUCGCGGAGAACGUGAUGUUUGGACAAAUGGCGCCCAUGGGUACCGGUGCAUUUGAGGUCGCCCUCGACAUUGACAUGCUGAAGGACGUCAUCGUGGACUCCGGCCUGCCCAUGCAAAGUAUGCUCAGCGCUCACGUCGGCGACGGUAUGACUCCUGGCCAGGUGGCUAUGACACCCUACGACAGCAACUCUCCUUCGUGGAAUCCAGACGGAUCUUUCAAGGGCGAAACAGCUGCAUUCUCUCCACUCGCAGGGAACCGCGAGGAAAGCGCGAAUUACUCGUACCUCGGUUUCGGUCAGAGUCCGAGAGGUGCAGGUGGUAUGUCACCAGCGGCGCCCGGAUACAGUCCCAGUUCGCCCAACGUGUACUCACCCACGUCGCCUUACGUUCCUCAGUCGCCAUUUGCUGGAGCGACUUCACCAUUCGGCGCGUCUCCAUACGCCACAUCACCAUUCUACAGUGGUCGAGCACCAACUUCGCCCACGUAUUCACCCACGUCUCCUGCCCUGAAUCUCACGUCGCCGGGGUAUUCUCCUACAAGCCCUCGCUAUUCCCCGACGUCACCUUCGUUCUCUCCUACCUCACCACGCUACAGUCCUCAAUCUCCUUCGUUCAGCCCGACGUCACCAAGGUACUCGCCUACGAGCCCGUCGUUCAGUCCAGCUUCUCCUCGCUGUAAGUACAAGUACCUUCUGUGCUCACAAUAUGGCUGGAUGCUCAUAUAUUAUGCGACAUCUAGAUUCUCCAAGUAUGAAUUUACCCCCUUCGGAGCCGCAACCAUUUACUGA